GUUUGUGAUAAAGUUUGUCUUUUUGUGAAUACCGUGUUUUAAGGACAUCAUGUCUCAAAGAGAAAACGUGGGACAGAAUGAUGAAGACAUUAUGAGAGAGUUGUGCGCGUGUAACGGCUUGUCCUACGAGAAGAUAUGUGAGGAUGCGAGUGGUGUAGAAGCUCUUGAGAUGUUCUUCUCAGGGUUUCCCCGUAUGGUGAAACUCUCUCUGUUCCCACGGCUGCUCACGCUCACCGUAGUGGGACAGAGCGUCCACGUAAUCCAGGGCCUGGACGACUGCCCGCUGCUCCAGGAGCUCUGGGUGGCAGAGUGUCAGCUCACUGAGAUCUCAGGUCUGCACAAGUGUGUGCAGCUGCAGAAACUUUACCUCUAUGACAAUAAGAUCAGUGAGAUGAGUGGACUGGAGUCUCUGAUAAACCUGCGUGUCCUCUGGCUCAAUAACAACCUCAUCUCUAAGAUCAAGGGCUUGAGCACACUGGAGAACCUGACAGAACUCAACCUAGCUGAUAAUCUCAUUACCUCUAUAGGAAAAAGUCUAGAGCAAAACAAGAAUCUCCAAAGUCUCAAUCUGUCAGGGAAUAUGAUCAGCUCUUUUAAGGAGUUGACCCAGCUGGCAUGUCUGCCUGAACUGAGAGAACUCGCGCUGAACGACCCACAGUCGAGUCCCAACCCUGUGUGUACGUUGUGUAAUUACUUCACACACUUGUUGUACCACAUCCCAACGUUACACACACUUGACUCGUACGACGUGUCUGCAAAAAACAUCAAGGAUGCUGCGGAGUCGACAGUGAUGAAAAAGAGGAUGUACUAUCACAUGCGUGUGUGCUGUGUUCAGAGACAGCUUGAUCAGACAAAACACACACUGCUUCAACAGAAAAGGAAACUGCAGCAGCUGCCUGAGGACAGAAUACACACACUCAGCUACACACUCAAACAUUGUGAGUGUGAGUCCGAGUCUGCAGGCAGGAAGUUGGCGACUUUGCGAGAGGAAGUGACAUUGGCCUCUGACCUUUCUGAAUAUGAGCGCGGCCUGAAGAACAAACUGGAGGCAAUCAGAGAACGGAUAAAGAUAUGGGAACAGAGAUUAGAGGAGGUGGAGAAACGUUUCCAGCAGGACGUUGCCAUGGCAUCAGACAGGAAGGACAUGUCAGUUCACUUCUUGGUGAUGGAACUGGAGACAGUGGGAAACAUUCGUUUUGAGGAAGGAAACACCAGCCAUGUCUGGUUUAAGCCGUGUUACGACCUGCUGCUCUCACGAUUCUGUGUUUCGGACUACAAAGCGUACAACAUCACCGGCAUCAAAAUCAACAGAAUCGUGCGUGUGUAUAACCGUGUUCUCCGUCUGCUCUUUGAGGACAAGCUGCGAUCUCUGCUGGGGAACAACAGCUCCUCACUUUACUUACAGAAUUACAGACGUUGCCUGGAGUAUCUGUUUUAUGUGUUCGACAUUGAGCGAAGCACAAAAAAACAGCGUACCCACGAGAUCCUGAACAUUCUGGAGAACGGGUUUAAAUCAUCUGGCAGUAACACUGAGGUCAUGAGGAGAGACUGUGCUGUGCGUCUAUCCAACAGUCUUAGCACAUGUGCGGAGCCACGUAUGAGAUUUGUUCAGAGAAAAUCCAGCAGAUGUGGAAGCGGAAGCUCAGAGAACCUUCUGCCCAUCACACAGGGUCAACUGAUCGUCUCUAAAGCAUACCUGGGUCACAGUGUUCCACUUAGAGAUGGAGUGCCGGUGGACGCAGAGUUUUAUCCCAGAGCUCACUCAGUGUACCGCAAAGCAAGCGCUAAGCAACACACCACCAAGCAGAACAACACAGGUGACGUGUGUUCCUCUGAGCUGCAGGGAUGCUGUGACUGCAGUCAGAGACAAACGCUGUGGUACGUUUUUGACCACGAGCUCGUUCUGCCGGAGUAUCUCAUGGAAUUUGAAUACGUCACACAGGAGAGAUCUCUGACCUCCUGCUCAUCUACCCCAGGCCCUCCCAAUACCCCUGUUGCCCCAGAGGGUGAUAAGCAGGUUUUGGAUGAGCAGGUUUUGGAUGAGCAGGUUUUGGCUCUUGAGCCGAUCCCAAAGCCACACCUUAAACUGCAGUGUCUGGAUGAGAGAAGUGUGCUGACUGCAGCCCGAGCAAACGUCCUCAGCCAGAUCACUGUGCUGAAUCUUCACGGGAACAAUCUGAGCCGACUGAAGGAGAUUUCUCACCUCAAAGCACUGCGUCAGCUGACCAUCAGCUUUAACACUCUCACACACCUGGACGACAUUUCACACCUGCCUAAUCUGGAGCGUGUAGAUGCCAGUUUUAACCAGAUCGUGACUCUGGAAGGUGUUCGAGGACUUCCCUGUCUCAGAGAGCUGGACCUGCGCUGGAACCAGCUGAGCCGAGUCCGAGAGGAGACGAGUGUCCUGCACAAACACACACCAUCCCUGCAGAGCCUCGAUACCAGACACAACCCGUGGAGUCAGGGUGAAUCUAUGAAGAUGGUGGUAUUGGGCUGGUUAAAAACUCUCACUCACUUGGACGGAGCGUUAGUGACGGAGGAGGAGGUGGCAGCUGCAACACACAUGAGCUCCACCAACAAGAUCAACUUGAUGUUGCUGCUCUCUCACUCCCGCACUAAUGCCACUCGUCCGCACUGCUUGAGUCUUCUCCCUGCAGCCCAGCUCCUCACACACCUCUUUCCAUCACCAUGGAAACACACCACUGACCUCGAACCUGGAUGGAGCGCCAAGAUCACAGCGGUGAAUUUGGAUGGUCAGCGUCUGUCCCACAUCAGCAAUUUGGAGCAGUUGGUGAAUUUGCGCUGGGCUUCGUUUAAUAACAACCAACUCACCAACAUUGAGGGGCUGCAACACUGCACCCUACUGGAGGAGCUGUCACUGAAUCACAACUAUAUCUGUACACUAGAUGGCUUGUCUAAGCUCCAGCGUCUGAUGCGACUCAGCAUUAACAGUAAUCAGCUGCGGUGUUUGGAUGCCUCUGUGCUGAAACACCUGACGAAUCUUCACUUCCUCUCUGCCGAGGACAACUGCAUUUCCUCUUUGCAGGGGGUUCCGAAGUUACACUUCCUGUUCGAGCUGUACGUCGGCAACAACAACAUCCGCACCUCGCGAGACAUUUAUCAUCUGAAGCCGCUGAGUAACCUGAUCAUCUUGGAUUUGUACGGCAACCCAUUAACGAGGGCGCUGGACAAUUAUCGAGCCUAUGUCAUCUUUCACCUGCCAUCUCUGAAAGCACUGGAUGGGACUCCUGUGGAGCUGUCAGAGUGUGAGAAUGCGAAGGACAUGUUUGGAGGAAGGCUGAUGGUGGACAUGUUGGGUGAGAAACUUGGUCAGUAUAACUACAGAGAGAUGGAGAAGCUGGAGCUCCCUGGCUGCUCCGUCAGGAUGGUGGAUUUGGCUCCUACUGAGCUCUUUGUGAGUCUACGCAGCGUGAAUCUCGAGCGGAACAACCUCACGUCCUUCAGUGGUCUCGUCAACCUGCCCAACGUCAAGGUGUUGUAUCUGAACUACAACCACAUUAAGUCGGUUCUGCCACGUCAGAAAACACACACUCAACUUAGCAACAAACAGCAGCUCUAUCAGAAGGUUCACUCCAGUGGCUACGGACAACAGAGCAACAAGAACAGCAGGGAGGGUGUGUGUGUGGAGAGUCUGGAGCCUCUCAUGUGCAGCUUGGAGGUUCUCCAUCUCGGUUAUAAUGGCAUCUCAAACCUGAGUGAUGUGCAGCUGAGUCGCCUCAGCAGCCUUAGAGCUCUGUUCCUGCAGGGUAACGAGAUAGUGCACGUGGAGGGUUUGGAUGGUCUGUGUCUCCUGCGCGAGUUAGUGUUGGAUCAGAACCGAGUGAAGACGCUUUGUGAGAAAUGGUUCAGCUCACACACACGCCUGAUUGAGCUGAGCCUGAAUGACAACCGCCUGCGCAGCCUCACACACCUGCCGCUCACACACCUGCAGCGCCUGCACCUCAACAACAACAAGCUGAAGGAUAUCAAUGAAUUGGAUAAACUAGAGAUUCUUGCGUCACUUAUAGAACUGUCUGUGGUGGGCAAUCCGGUGGCACGGCGCUCCCUCCACAGGCCGUCUGUGGUUCUGAAUCUCCCACAGCUUCAGGUACUGGAUGGAAUCACAAUCACAAUGGAGGAGCGAACACGAGCAGAGUUACUGUACACUGAGGACACACCUUACUCCGUGGACAUGCCGUUCCCUUUCGUAGUGUGUCGUGCUCCACCUGUCCGAAACUUAGCCCUAGGGGUUGGUGUGCACCACCUGUUUGGUCACGAGAGCUUUAUCAGCAUCCCUGCUGAGGACACACACUAUAGACGCACAGAAAAGAGGCCGAGAGCAGGAGUGACACAAACAUACAGCGCUCAGAGUAACACACUCCGAGGAGCACUGAGUCUCACAGGACUGCUGCACCAUGGCCACCGAGCAUAUAACACACACACUGAGUCUGAGAGCAGGUAUCCCAGUGGAUCUAAGCGUCCUCCCCCUUACACUGACGUGUGAGCUCCUCCUGUGUGUGUGUGUGUGUAUAUGGUGUGAAGGAUUGUGUUUAAAGAACACAGAACUACUGGAGCAAAAGUGACAGCAGAACUUAAUAUCCACCUUAAAGACCACAAAAAAGUCAACUUCCUAAAGCCGUUCAUCACAGACAUCAGGGCAGAACUGUGGAAAAGACGAUGUCAUGAUCAUAAACCCCGAAGAUUUAGGAGGCCAUAUCUUCCAUAUCUUGCCAGUAUGGAUGCAUCCUAUGGUCCAAAGAUGCAUCCUAUGGUCCAAAGAUGCAUCCUAUGGUCCAAAUAUUGUUUCCAAACAUUUUUUAAGAAGAUAACGUGACCACAAACAGUUCAGUGUUGGUUUGAGGAGCCGUGCUGAAUCACCUGACCUGAAUAUAAUCAGAACAAUACAUUUUGGAGAGAAGAGCGAGAAACGAGUUCCCUGCUCAAACCUCUCUGA